AUGGCGGCCAAUCCUAGUCGCUCUCAAUACUUCACUUGCUCUCGGUUGAACGCUACCACCUUUGUGGUAUACGAGAAUGACAAAUAUGAAGAGCACCCCUUUAUCUAUGUCAAGAUAUAUGAUGACCCUCGCCUCGUUGUAAUAUCCGAUACCGGCUGUGGAGGUGGUGACGAGGAUCGAGAACAUUAUCACAACUUAAAGAAGUACAUAGAGACUUGUCCAGCCGCGGCUAAUGAUGGGAAGCCGUUGAACCCCAUUGAGGCCCGGAGAACAUAUUUUAUCAUUUGUACACAUUGUCAUUACGAUCAUAUUCUUGGUCUCAAACACUUUCAGACCGCCUCUACGAGUAUCCUUGCUUCCUCGUUCGAUAGACAUUUCAUCGAAAAAAAUCUUCCUGUGCAUUCACUUUGUGAAUUUCUUGACGUGCCCACUCCUGAGUACACUGUUUCAUAUUGGGCGGACGAUCUCGACAAGCUCUCGUUCGACGGAAAACCACUCCAUCUGCAGAUUCUCCAUACUCCGGGCCACACGCCAGAUGAGCUGGCAUGGUACGACGAGCAAGAGCGCCAUCUAUAUGUCGGAGACUCGUUCUAUGAGCGAGUAGCGAAAGACAACUCGUAUGAACAGGCUAUCAUCUUCCCUAAAGAGGGAAAUUGGGUCCACUACAUGCAGUCUUUGGAGAAGCUACUCCGCUUCGUGGAAGAGAAGAAUGAGGAACCAGGCAAAGCUACAAUCAGGAUUGGCUGUGGACAUAUUACAUCCUCUGUGGACGGCGUGGAGAUCUUGAUAAUUGUGCAGCAGCUUUUUCAGGACAUCAUAGCUGGCAAGGCGCCAAUCGUGCAUCUCGAGGAGAAGCGAGGGGAGGAAUAUGCGCUCUGGAAGGCAGAUGGAGAGCCAAGGUUCUCUGUAGCGGCGCCCAAGAGACUUGCACUUGAGGCCACAAAAGCCUGA